AUAUUCAAUUCUGUUUUUUUCUGAUUGUAUUAUAUUCUGUUCUGUAACUUCUAAUUCUUUUCUAUCCUAUUCUAAUGUGCCAUUGAAAAUAAUUGAAGUUUUUGGUGGAAAAAUAAUGACCGCUAAUGGACAUUUAUCAGAAAAAUAUUCUGCCCCAGUGUGUGUACGUGCAUGUCCGCGCGCAUUGACGGUGCCAGGCAGGGAGCAGUGCAUUGUGGGUGUUGCCAUUGUGAAGAGGUCACAGGGCUAUGAUGUAAUACGUCCGACCCAUUUUCCUCAACUCCAGGAAGCGACCAAUCACAUCUCGCCAACACAAUAUCUUUGUCUCUAAUCCGCACUCGAGUGUUCCACAUGCACAGGAAGUUGAUUUAAAAAUCUUUGAGAUUUUUUUUUUAGCUUUCAUUGACAACCAUACAUGUUCAAAGGGUAUUUCUUGAAAAUUCAGCGCUUUUCUGCAAUCAAUUUUAAGAAAAUUAUGAUUUUUUUUUUAAUUGGUGUAAAAAGAUGACUUUGAAUUAUAAGUUUCAAACUUUUUCUUAACUGGGACCUUUCCCAGUUAAAUGAAUGAAUGAAAGGUUUACGCAGUUUUGAAUUAAACCCGCAUAAUUCCGGAGACCAACACGGAAGCUGCGUGACGCUAGCAGAUGUUCGCCUUCCUGUGCAGAUGUUGUUGCCACGGAAACAAUGACAGGACAUGAUGAACAGCUGGCGUUCGGGCGAGUUUUACUCUUUCCACACUCAGUCCACGCGUUCGGGGCCGACAUGAGCGGCCAUGAAGACGCUUUUGCUGCACGCCAGAAGACUCCGACUUCAGGAUGACGUUCCCAUCAAGGAGAUAAGCAUCACUCACCACGUGAAGGAGGGAUGCGAGAAAGCCGACCCUCGCCAAUUCGAGCUGCGCAAAGUCCUGGGACAAGGCUCCUUCGGCAAGGUGUUCCUGGUGCGGAAAGUGACCGGGCCGGACGCUGGGCAACUAUAUGCCAUGAAAGUCCUCAAGAAAGCAACACUGAAAGUGCGCGACCGAGUGCGGACAAAAAUGGAGAGAGACAUCCUGGUGGAGGUCAAUCACCCUUUCAUCGUCAAACUGCACUACGCCUUCCAGACGGAGGGGAAGCUCUACUUGAUCUUGGACUUCCUGAGAGGGGGAGACCUCUUCACACGGCUUUCCAAAGAGGUGAUGUUCACCGAGGAAGACGUCAAGUUCUACCUUGCCGAACUGGCACUGGCUCUCGAUCAUCUUCACGGUCUUGGCAUUAUUUACAGAGACCUCAAGCCUGAAAACAUCCUGCUGGAUGAGGACGGACACAUCAAGCUGACAGACUUCGGCUUGAGCAAAGAGUCCAUCGACCACCAGAACAAGGCGUAUUCAUUCUGCGGGACGGUGGAGUACAUGGCCCCCGAAGUGGUGAACCGGAGAGGGCACACGCACAGUGCCGACUGGUGGUCGUACGGCGUACUGAUGUUUGAGAUGCUGACAGGAACCCUGCCGUUUCAAGGCAAAGACCGCAAAGAGACCAUGACUAUGAUCCUCAAAGCCAAGCUUGGAAUGCCUCAGUUUUUAAGUUCAGAAGCCCAGAGUCUCCUCAGGAACCUUUUCAAGCGCAACCCCAGCAACAGAUUAGGUGCGGGUCCGGAUGGCGUCGAGGAGAUCAAGAGGCAUCAGUUCUUCAGCACCAUCGACUGGAAUAAACUCUUCCGGAGAGAGCUCCCGCCUCCCUUCAAACCAGCGGCGGGACGACCCGACGACACUUUCUACUUCGACCCGGAGUUCACCGCCAAAACGCCUCGCGACUCUCCGGGAGUCCCGCCUAGUGCCAACGCCCAUCAGCUCUUCAGAGGAUUCAGUUUUGUAGCAAUAACAGAAGAGGAAACGCAACCCAUGCCCAACAUGAUUGUUCAGCAACUCCACAGAAGCACAUCUCAGUUUUGCGAUGCCUAUGACGUAAAAGAGGACAUCGGUGUGGGUUCCUACUCCAUCUGCAAGCGCUGCGUUCACAAGGGCACUGGCAUGGACUACGCCGUAAAGAUCAUCAACAAAGCCAAACGCGACCCCACGGAGGAGGUGGAGAUCUUGCUCAGAUACGGCCAGCACCCCAAUAUCAUCACUCUCAAAGACGUGUACGACGACGGCCGCUCUGUUUUCCUGGUAACGGAGUUGAUGAAAGGCGGAGAGCUGCUGGAUAAAAUCCUCCGCCAGAAGUUCUUCUCCGAGCGAGAAGCUAGCGCCGUCCUCUUCACCAUCACCAAGACGCUGGAGUACCUUCAUGUGCAGGGGGUGGUACAUAGAGACCUGAAGCCUAGCAACAUCCUCUACGUAGACGAGAGCGGUAACGCCGAAUCCAUCCGGAUUUGCGACUUUGGUUUCGCUAAACAGCUGAGAGCGGAGAACGGGUUGCUCAUGACGCCGUGCUACACGGCUAACUUUGUUGCUCCAGAGGUUCUAAAAAAGCAGGGUUACGAUGCCGCCUGUGACAUCUGGAGCCUCGGAGUGCUUCUCUACACCAUGCUAACGGGUUUCACUCCAUUUGCAAACGGCCCCGAAGACACGCCAGAGGAGAUUUUGGCCCGAAUCGGUAGCGGAAAAUUCUCACUCUCCGGAGGAUACUGGAACUCUGUGUCUGCAGAAGCUAAGGAUCUGGUCUCAAAAAUGCUCCACGUGGACCCCCAUCAGCGACUGACGGCGGGUCAGGUCCUUCGCCACCCGUGGGUGACGCACCGAGAUCAGCUGCCAAAAUACACGCUCAACAGGCAUGACGCGCCACACCUGGUCAAGGGAGCAAUGGCGGCCACUUACUCGGCCCUCAACAGGAAUGUGCCCCCCGUCCUGGAGCCGGUGGGGUGCUCGACGUUGGCGCAACGGAGGGGCGUGAAGAAGCUAACUUCCACAGCACUGUGACCACACGCCCCUCCCCGAACCUUCGCCUCCCGUCAACUCUGACCUCUAUCUGACCUUAGACAGACUACUGAUGGAAUCUAGAAAGCGCUGACCCCCCAAAAAGGAGCACACAGGGGCCGCCGUCCCUCCCGCCCGCACAGUUGAUGGACAGUUGACGGCGCAACUUGUGGAAUUUUUGCUUUGGACAAUCAAAAUAGGAAGCGUGUAUAUAAACGUUACCGAGGGAUAUUUGAUCGUAGAAACAUAAUAACCCAACAGAAGCAUUUAAAGCUGUAGUACGCUUUGUUUUCAACUUCAGUCGUUAUGACGACUGUGUCCAAUCGAGCAAAAAAUACGCAGAAAAUAUACAUUUAGGACGUAAAUGUACUAAAUGCGCUGUGUGGCGUUUUUAUUACUGAUGGACCCCAGUUUGAGAACAUUGAUUUAUGCAAAAAAUUAAAUAAAUAAAAUGAACAAUACAGUCAGCACAAGGUGACUUCGUCACGAUUAACUUCCAUUCAUAACUGGCAAAAACAAACAUACUUCCUCUCCGUCACGAACGAAUAACGUCCGUGAACGGGAACUGUAAAUAAAAACAGCUCAGGUUUUUACUCGUCUAGCGCGAGGACUCACAAAUCCAUCCCAAGGUUUCCACGGCACAGGGAAACGUCAGCUACGUUAGCAUGUAGCAUGUAAAAAGAAUAAAAGACCCGCUUGGUUUUUGCUUAGCUUUUUAACGACCACUUUGAUCAGGAAUGUGUUGGUUGGGAAUUUGUGGUCGUACAGCUUUUGGGAACAAGGAAUGUAAAAGAAAUGCUUUUUUUCUGUAUUUUUUUUUUUUCUCAUUUUCUGCUCUUCCUCAGUCUGUCACAUGUGACACAAACAACCUCUUGUUUUGUUUCGUUUUAUACCUGCAGGGAGACUUUGUAUGAAAAUAAAAAUGAUUAUAAGCUCA